AAUGUCAACACGGGUGAGCUAGCAGCAAUUAAAGUAAUAAAACUAGAACCAGGAGAAGAUUUUGCUGUUGUGCAGCAGGAAAUCAUAAUGAUGAAAGACUGUAAACAUCCAAACAUUGUUGCUUAUUUUGGCAGCUAUCUCAGACGAGACAAGCUAUGGAUUUGCAUGGAGUUUUGUGGAGGUGGCUCUCUACAGGAUAUCUAUCAUGUGACUGGACCACUUUCAGAACAGCAGAUUGCCUACGUUAGCAGAGAAACACUACAGGGACUAUAUUAUCUUCACAGUAAAGGAAAAAUGCACAGAGAUAUAAAGGGAGCAAACAUUCUUUUAACGGAUAAUGGACACGUAAAAUUAGCUGAUUUUGGAGUAUCUGCACAGAUAACAGCUACAAUUGCCAAAAGGAAAUCAUUCAUUGGCACGCCAUAUUGGAUGGCACCAGAAGUUGCUGCAGUAGAAAGAAAAGGUGGCUAUAACCAACUCUGUGACCUGUGGGCAGUUGGAAUAACUGCUAUAGAGCUCGCUGAACUUCAGCCUCCAAUGUUUGACCUGCAUCCAAUGAGAGCACUUUUUCUAAUGACGAAAAGCAACUUCCAGCCUCCUAAAUUAAAGGACAAAAUGAAAUGGUCCAAUAGUUUCCAUCAUUUUGUGAAAAUGGCACUUACAAAAAAUCCUAAAAAAAGACCUACAGCUGAAAAGUUACUACAGCAUCCUUUUGUUACCCAGCCAUUAAAUCGAAGUCUUGCUAUUGAGCUUUUGGAUAAAAUGAAUAAUCCUGAUCAUUCCACUUACCAUGAUUUUGAUGAUGAUGAUCCUGAGCCUCUUGUAGUGCCUCAUAGAAUUCAUUCGACGAGUAGAAACGUGAGAGAAGAAAAGACGCGCUCUGAAAUAAACUUUGGUCAAGUAAAAUUUGAUCCACCCUUGAGGAAAGAGACAGAGCCACAUCAUGAAUUUCUUGACAGUAGCGAUUUUUUGGACAAUUCAGAAGAAGUAUACUACACUGCAAGAUCUAACCUGGACCUACAGCUAGAAUAUGGUCAUGGUCCUCAGUGUGGCUACUUCUUGGGUGCGAAUAAGAGUCUCUUAAAAUCAGUUGAAGAAGAACUGCAUCAGCGGGGACACGUGGCACAUUUAGAAGAUGAUGAUGAUGCAGACGAUGAUGCUAAACAUGCUACUAUGAAACCUAAAGUGCCACCUCCUUUACCACCAAAGCCUAAAUCCAUCUUUAUCCCCCAAGAAUCUCAUUCUUCUGAAAAUGAUAGUCAAGGGACAAUCAAGAGAUGCCCAACAUCCGAGAGUCCGGCAAAAUCUGCAUCUCAGGUUCCACCCAGACCGCCACCUCCUCGGUUACCUCCACAGAAAUCUAAUGCUUUGGGCAAUGGAGUCACUUCUGUACAAUUAAAUGGUGAAAGAGAGGGAUCACCACCUCAACAGAAUGAAGCUAGAGACCCUAAUUUUUCAAGAAAAGAAAAGAAGGAAAUACUGAAACCAAUUAGUAACGGCCUUCCUCCCACACCUAAAGUACACAUGGGUGCUUGCUUUUCAAAGGUUUUCAAUGGCUGUCCAUUAAAAAUUCAUUGUGCAACAUCGUGGAUAAAUCCAGAUACAAGAGAUCAGUACUUGAUAUUUGGUGCAGAAGAAGGUAUUUACACACUGAACCUCAAUGAACUUCAUGAAACAUCAAUGGAGCAGCUAUUUCCCCGAAGGUGUACAUGGUUAUAUGUCAUGAACAAUUGCUUGUUAUCAAUAUCUGGUAAAGCUUCUCAGCUUUAUUCCCAUAAUCUGCCAGGACUCUUUGAUUAUGCAAGGCAAAUGCAAAAGUUACCCGUUGCUAUUCCAGCACAUAAACUCCCUGACCGAAUACUUCCAAGGAAGUUUGCAGUGUCUACAAAAAUUCCUGACACUAAAUGGUGUCAGAAGUGUUGUGUUGUGAGGAAUCCCUCCACGGGCCACAAGUACCUUUGUGGAGCACUACAGUCUAGCAUUGUUUUGUUAGAAUGGGUUGAACCAAUGCAGAAAUUUAUGUUAAUCAAGCACAUAGAUUUUCCCGUACCUUGUCCACUGAGAUUGUUUGAAAUGCUGGUAGUUCCUGAGCAAGAAUUCCCUUUAGUUUGUGUCGGUGUCAGUCGAGGAAGAGACUUCAACCAGGUGGUGAAGUUUGAGACCGUCAACCCAAAUUCUACCUCUUCAUGGUUUACAGAAACAGACACUACAGAGACAAGUGUUGUCCAUGUAACACAGCUGGAGAGAGAUACCAUUUUGGUGUGUUUGGAUUGCUGCAUAAAAAUAGUGAACCUGCAAGGCAGGUUAAAAUCCAGCCGCAAACUGUCAUCGGAGCUCACGUUUGACUUUCAGAUUGAAUCAAUCGUCUGUCUACAAGACAGCGUGUUAGCGUUCUGGAAACAUGGCAUGCAAGGAAGGAGUUUUAGAUCAAAUGAGAUCACUCAAGAAAUUUCUGAUAAUACGAGGAUAUUCAGGCUUCUGGGAUCUGACAGGGUGGUGGUGCUGGAGAGCAGGCCGACGGAUAACCCAACAGCCAACAGCAAUUUAUAUAUCCUGGCAGGGCACGAGAACAGUUACUGAGGAGAGCGCGUGGCAGGCGGCUCGCCCCGACAAGAGAACACUCCUCCUGCCGCAGCGCUUGUGGCUGUGCUGAAACGGCACGAAAGCUGCAGCACGCCGACUUCAGUUACUUUAUAAUUUAUUGUGGCACAAGAGGGAGAACCGUUCGUGGGAUGGACACGCAAGCCUCGUGAUGGCAAGGAAGUGCUUAAUUUGCUGUUAUGUAAUCUUUGUACAUAUGCAGUAUUUUUCAGUGAAAGUUCUCGCUGAAGACCUACACUGACGUUCUGUAGAUAGCGAUCCUCCUGUUCAGUACAAGUGUCUUACCUGUACAGAUGUAAAAGUCACUGAGGAUGCAAAAAUGCAAUUGGGGUACUAUUUUAAGGACUUCUCCUGUGUUUAUUAUAAAGUGGGAUGCUAGCGACAAAUAUAGUACAUUUAACAACACUAUUGUAUUUUAUUUUAUGUAAUUUACUAAUACAAAUAAAUCUUAACUUUUAGAUAUUG